AGGAAGAGACAAGACUUUCUGGCCCGAGUUGGCGUUGAGGUUGUGGGGGCAAUGAUGACUCCGCAAAAUAUUGCUUCGGUUCUGGAGAUCCUGGUGAGUGAUCGACGGACAAGAAUUGGAUUGCUGUCUCUAGCCAGCUUGUGGCUGUUCCGGUAUGCCUUUUACUCGUGGAGAAAGUCUGCCUCUAUGAGGAGGUUAGAUCAAAAGCAUUCAAAAAGACGUCAGUUGGCUCAAAAGAGGAAAGAUAUUGUCCGAGAAAACUUCUCAAAGACUAGAUCAGCAGAGAACAUCGCUAACAGGUCGGCCGAAUCCCUCCUGGCAGAUCUAAAGAAUGGAAAACUGAGUGCACUUGAAGUACUUCAUGCUUUCCAGCGAAAGGCCUUUGAAGUGAACGAAAAGAUCAACUGUAUCACAGAACCAUUACCUGAAGCAGAGGAAAGAGCAAAGGAACUGGAUCAAAAGGCUGACAAAAGUGGUCUUCUCUUUGGUAUACCUGUUAGUGUGAAGGAAAGCGUGAAUAUAAAGGGCUAUGACUGCACAGCUGGACUGGAAGCUUUCAUCGAUGAAAUUGUGGAUGAAGAUGCUGUGACUGUUCAGGCUGUUAAGCGCCAUGGAGGUGUUCCUUUUGUGCGAACAAAUGUUCCGCAGUCAUUGUUCAGCUAUUGCUGCUCAAACCCUUUGUAUCGGGAAACGUUGAACCCACAAGACGUGUCCCGCUCUCCCGGAGGUUCCUCAGGAGGGGAAGGAGCGCUCUUGGGUGGCGGAGGGUCCGUGGUUGGGCUGGGAACAGACAUCGGAGGUAGCCUGCGAGUGCCGGCCGACUUCUGUGGCGUUUAUUCUCUGAAGCCCACAGCUGGAAGAAUCAGUACAAAAGGACUUCUGAGACUGAGUAGUGGAAACCUAGCAAUUCGAGGUGUUGUUGGUCCCAUGGGGAGGGACUUCAAGUCCUUGGUGCUUCUGUCUCGAGCUCUCAUGUCACCCGAGAUGCUUGAGCUGGAUCCUUCUUUGCCGCACCUCCCUUUCAAUGAAAAGGAGUUUGAAAAAACUGAUCGUCUCCGCAUCGGCUACUUCACUUUUGACGGGGUCAGCAAGUGUCAGCCUUCAAAUGUCCGUGCUGUGAUGGAGGCAAAGUCUGCGCUGGAAAAGGAGGGUCAUGAGCUUGUUCCGUUUGAUUUCCCCACGUUAAUGGGACGGGCCUAUCCUUCAGCAGACUAUUUCGUUCGGCUAAUGGUCGCUGAUAGAGGUCUAAGGCUGGCGAAAAUAUUAGAGAACGAUCGAGUUGAGCCUGCUAUACAAACUGUCGUCUAUGCCUCUGUUAUUCCUGCAUGGGUUUUCAGACUUUUGAAGAAACUUGUGGGUGAUGAGGACAGACACAAAGCAGUUAUGCUGUCAGCUUGUAUAGGGUUCAGCUCUAUUGACGAGUACUUCGGUCACGUUGGAGACUUCUUGCUGUGGAAGGAGGCCUUUACCCAGCUGUGGAGGGAUCACAAACUGGACGCUGUCAUUUGCCCUGUGUUCCCAUCUCCUCCCGUCCUCAAAGAGAUCAUACAUCGUGUUACAU